AUGGUCGUGAGUGCAGUAUUACGCUCAGCAUUCAAUUGCAUUCUCUCGUCGCUGCGAGACGUCGUCUGCGAUACGAUUGCAGCAUUCGAACUUGGACACCAUCGUGAUCACAACUCUUUAUCCUCGCAUUGCAUCCUGUUUUCCUCUCAAAAGGUUUACAACGCCACUCGUCGAUCCUGCGAAGGUUUCGAAAAUGCAAGAAGCAUCCCUGUAGACCAGUCUAUUGACGAUGACGAAUUUGCAUGGCACCAAUCCGCCUUACGAAUUGCGAUGAAUUUAGGCCUGUCCUCUAACAACCUCACCGUUUCUCCUUUACGCUCGGUGCACAUCCCCGGCGUGCUCGUUACAGGCCUUCCUGCCUCUCUUUGUCCAACUUUUGUCCUUGCACACUAUGUUCACUGUGUGACAGAGAUCCAUGCUUCAGAUCUGCACGCCACAGGCAGAGAAUCCACUACAUACCCUGCAGGAACUCGAGACGGACCUUCGGAACUCAGCCUCAGCGGAGAAACCCUGCACGACGAGAACGCCUCGCCCCUCUGCUCACAUUCCUCUCAAUCAAAUGUACACCGCCGACUGGACGUUAGCUCUUUAUCACCUGGUACAUAUAACCGCGAAAGCAAGCCCUCUAGAUCCACCGCUCCCCAGCAUUCCGCGAAGGCCCAAACUCCCGCAGGCCCCGCAUCGCCAGCGCACACCGCAGCACACCACUUCAUGCUUCGCGGUCCCACCUCGACCGUCGUCGAAUCACUCGAGCCGCUUCCAACCAGGCUCCAACCUACAGAGGCCCCCGUGUACGCGUCUCCAUCCGAUACCGAAUAUGGAUCCGAGUCCGACUGCAAACACGGGCGGAAUGGCGCGAACGUGGACGCGCAUAUCUUCGACAAAUAUGAGAUCGACGAUGAUGUGGACAUCUACAUCCACAUGGCACCGCUGCCGCCGGACGCAGACCCUGUUGGCAUCCUCCAUAGCGGCCGCACACGCUACCGUCUUUAUGGUCUGCUCGGUGACGGCUCAUUCGGUCGCGUAUUCCUUGCUGAGGCCGAGAAUGAUACGACAGGAGGUGGGGACGAGGGAAGUGUGUUUGUUGCGGUCAAGAUAAUCGAGAAGAUCUCUCUGGGGGAUGUGGAACACACGGCAGGGCUGGUGGAGAACGAGGUAAGGCUCAUGGGCAUGGCUGUCGGCGGGCUCCAGCGGGAUGGCGAAGCAGAAAAAGGCUGGGAACGAGGCGCGGCAGAGGAUCCUAAUGGGAAAAUUGGGGGUGUGCAGAGCCCAUUCCUCGCCCACUUGCUGGAGUGCUGGGAAGACCCGGACAAUGUCUACCUCGUCAUGAGAUUCUAUCCACGGAGUUUGCACAGCUUGCUCAACGAGGUUGAGUUAGAACCAUACCAAACAAAGCUCUAUUGCGCACAAUUGGCACUCGCGCUGCACGACAUGCACACGCGCUUGCAUGCAUUCCACCGCGACAUCAAGUCGGGAAACGUACUGAUCGACUUUCGCGGAAACCUCGUGCUCUGUGACUUUGGCGGGGCCCAUUUCCCGCUAUUCCCUCCUUCAGUGAUGCCCUCAACCGCCGUGUCCUCCUCUCUACCGUCUCCUCCCUCGUCUCCUCCUCCCGCUAACAUAGAGGCCAAUUUAGACGCAGCGUUUUCAGCCGCUGUUGCCUAUGAUCGACACGGCACUACUGGCUACUUCGCACCUGAGCUGAUUGCUCGCGACCUUGCGAGCCGGGGAUACACUGCCAAGGCCGACGUGUACAGUCUCGGCAUGACUUUCUGGGAGAUGAUGACUGGGAGCCUCACGCCUGAUUACGACUCCCUGCCAACGUACUUGAAAGCACGCACCCUACUCGAGGACAACAUCGAGUGGAUGCAGGACGCGGAGGCGAUAGACUUGAUCACCAAGAUGCUUGACGAGGACCCAAAGACGCGCCUCUCGAUACAGGAUAUUCUCGCGCAUCCAUAUUUCUCCGACGUUGAUCUUGAGGCCUUGCGCGACGGUUCGUACGACAUGCCAUACAAACCAGACCCUAUCCCGCGUUGUUAUGUAGGAAAUACUUUGGCUUUUUUCGACUAUGAGCCAUCAUACCGAGGACAAUACUUCACCUCGUCCUGGCGCUGCGCCCCAGAACGGGUCCGGGACGCUCGUCACGGAGAAGCGCAUCGCACCCCACCUGCUGCAUGA